CCACCCCAGCGCCUGCGCGCUGAGCGCGGACGAUCAGUGUCAGAGGGGAUGGACGAGACGGCGGAGCCCGGCGCGGGCCGGGCCAGCGCUGAGGCGGCAGCGAUGGCGGAGGGCGACAGCGAGAGAAGCAAUGGUGUCGCCGAAGGGGAGGCCGCCGCCGCCGCCACUGCUGCUGCUGCAUCGUCAGCGCCGUGCUCCCCUCUGGCGGCCACUGGGGGCGAGGGCGGCGGCGCGAAGCCGCUGAGCGCGGCGGAGUACGCGCGGCGUGUGCACCAGUGGCUCUGGGACUCGUACUGCGGGUACCUCAGCUGGCAGGGCUGCCUGCCCGCCCUCCUCGCCGCCGCCUCCGCCGCGCCGCCCUGCGCCGCCGGCCCCCCUCGCGUCCCCGCGCCGCCGCCACCGGUCUCCCCACCGCCGGGAGCGGCCGCCGCUGCUGCCUACUACAGCCCCUUCUACCUCUUCGCUCCGGCGCCGGCCCACACAGCCACCGCCGGGCCGGGGCCCCGCGCCGCCGCAGCCGUCCCCACCCCGGCUUGGCCGGCAGCGGCGGGCAGAUUGGCCUCCGUGCCCAGGGCGGCCUCCGGCAGCGCCACCGGGACCAGCGGCAGCGGCGCCCCCAGGGAGACGGGGCGGCCGGCAGGUCGGGAGUUCAUUAUCCCUUCGCUGGCACACAGGUUCAUAGCAGAGAUGGUGGAUUUUUUUAUUCUCUUCUUUAUAAAGGCAACCAUUGUUUUAAGUAUUAUGCACCUCAGUGGAAUAAAGGACAUCUCUAAAUUUGCCAUGCAUUACAUCAUAGAAGAAAUAGAUGAAGAUACGUCCAUGGAAGAUUUGCAGAAAAUGAUGAUAGUAGCUCUCAUCUACAGGUUAUUAGUCUGCUUCUAUGAGAUAAUCUGUAUUUGGGGAGCAGGUGGAGCAACCCCAGGGAAGUUCUUGCUUGGACUGCGAGUUGUGACGUGUGAUACAUCUGUGCUAAUUGCACCCAGCCGUGUGUUAGUCAUUCCAUCCUCUAAUGUCAGUAUGACAACGUCCACAAUACGAGCUUUGAUCAAGAAUUUUUCUAUUGCUUCAUUUUUUCCUGCAUUCAUUACACUGCUGUUUUUCCAGCAUAACAGAACAGCCUAUGAUAUUGUAGCAGGAACUAUUGUGGUAAGAAGAAAUGGAGUGAGAUGAUACCAAAAGAUGAGAUUUCCAGACUGGUUUUUAACAUCCCCUUCCCCCCCCAGUGAACAAAGAACUACCCCAAAACUGAAAUUGAGGUGUCUAUCAGAAUCUUUUACCCAAAUGAAAUGGGAACUGGUUCAGAAGCUGAUGUUCUGCUCCAGGAUGAUGCCAGCAGCUACCUUCGAAGUAUUUGAGUUUUCAUGAAUGACAAAGAAGUCUGUGAGAAACAAUACGUAUUGCAUCUGGAAGUAUUAACCUCCGACUGAUGAGAAGGAAAGUGACUGUAUGAACUGCAGAAAGGAGCUGUUUCGUUCAUCAGUCUGUGGAAAGCAGAUACCUAGAAAUACUUCACCUAAAAAGGAAUGUCGUUCCUACAGUUUUGGAUGUUGGCAGGUAACUAGAAAAUCAAGUUGUUUUCCAAGCAGUUGCCCAAGUCAUUUGAUAAACUCUGAGGAGAAGAGAACUGCAGUAUUAGAAAGUAAGGCAAAUGAUGUUAAUUGCCAUGUGUGUUAGAAGAACUGAGCAGUGUUUAUCAUGUCCCUUAUUAUUGCUUCACAGAUCAUAUUCCCUCACCUCUUUAAGUAUUUUAUCAGAACAUUAAUGUGAAGAGGUUUUUGCAUGAUUGUCUCAAGCAUUAUCACUUAUUUCACAUAUCAAAGCUAAUAAAAAAGGGGUGAAAUAAUAGCUGCUUUUUCUCUGGGAAGGGUGUGUUACAAUGCAGUGUUAGUGAAUUAGUGUGUGUAAAUAAUUUUGGAGCUGUGAACAGUACAGAUCAUGCUAAUGAAAGGUAACUCUUUUGCAUCUCUUUGGGGUGAAAGCACUUGUUUGUUUCUUGCAUAUGAUACCAAGCAAAACAACUGACUGUGUUUCAGGAGCAUGCAGAAAACACAAACUGUGUUCUGGGUGUAAAUCUACAAAAGUACAAAUACUGGUUAUUUUCACUUUAUAAUUCUGGCUAAUUGUUUGUAUAUUCAGAAUAACUUAAAUACUGAAUAAAGAAGCUUAAUAUUUUGCAUGACUACAUAGCUUUGAUAAUAAUAUGUUUAUUCUCAUGUUGUUAGUAUCUUGAGAAAGGAAUAUAAACAGUAAUGGGAAUGUUGUAUUAAAAUUUGAGUUUAGAAUUCUUCCAGGGCCUAGUUUUCCUCUGUUCCUCCCUUGGGUGUAACUUGCCAGUCAGUGGCUGAAAUUCUUACCCUACAUUCAGUUUUGGACAAGGGUUUGGCUGAUUUUUUUAGAAGUCGAAAGUGUAUCUGUCAAAAUACCUCAUCAUUUUGAGGGUUACUGUUGUUUUACACUAAUAAUUUACUCUUUGGCAUCUUAAAUGUACCAUGUUACUGACAUGCAUCACUGAAAUAAAAAUGUCUAAGCUAUAACUGAUGAUAAGCAGGCCUGAAUAAAGCAGCCUUUUGAGUGAA